AUUAGUACUUAGUGCUUUUUUCCCCAUGGCACUUUCUUCAUCCAGCCCAACUUCCAUGUCAUCCGUAAAGUAAUUAGCACUUCUUUCUUCAGAUCCUUCCACAAGACAAUUCUGACAUGAUACACAAAUUAGACAAUAUUCAAUAUACAGGCUGAAGGGCAGCAGGAGAAAAUUGGUAUUAUAAUUAGAAAUCAAAGCUAUUCCCCAUAUAUUUUCUGUUGCUCUAGGGCUUUGGCAAAAUGAGAGCCAAGGAGUUACUUUCCAGUAUAUUAAGAUUUUAAAACUCAUAUCUAUUCAAAGGAAUUGCAGAUCAAAAUAAGUCUGCAUUCAAUUUAAGUGACAGUUGAACUGUGUUCAGAGUCAAUUAUGAACUCAUACUCUGUGUACCAUCACCGUUAAUCCAAAAUUACAUUUGAAUGUUUCUACACAGAUCUCUUUCACGUUUGUUAUUUUCUCUUGUAGUUCCUAUAUCAGCUUGGUUCACAGACCUGCCACUUCCCUUGUGUCUGAAAACAGACUAUAGUAACAUCCUGCCUUCAGUAUACACAGAUGUACAUAUAAAAAACACAAUAUGUCAUGCAGUUAUAGUUACAUCAUAUAAACACACCCUGAAAUAUACCUUUUUUUUUCUUUUCCACUUUUUCUGUAAGCUAGACUUUUUUGCAAGACUAAGAUAGAAAAACUGCUUUAAUGACUAAAAUAUAAAAAUGCUUAAAAAAUGUCACGAGAGCUUAUUUAGAAGUGAGAUAACAAAUAAAAACCUGGCAUACAGAAUCUGUGGAGAUUAGCACAUAUCUCAAAAAUAGUGUCUGAAUUUCUCAUGGGCUUCUAGACUUGCCACAGCCCCCUACUUGUAAGGAAGAGCACAAGCACACAAUGAAAACUUGUGCUCACACUGAACGUCAGAACACUUCAGGUUUUUGAACAGGGUAAAUACAUCCUCUGCAUGACCAACCACCUCCAUGCCCAGAAAUACCAAAGACUUAUUUACAUGCAUGUAUACUUAUCUACGCUUUUGUCAAGAAAUACAACAAUACAUUUCGAUCCCCGACACCUGCAUUUUUGACCACAAAAUUCUGAAGGAUAAGAAAAAAAAACACAGUGUAAAAUUUAGGGGAAAAAAAAAAUCCAGCUCAACUUGCUAUCUAGAGGCUGGAAGGCAAUAAUUUCUGCUUCUGAAAGAAAACAGCACUCCUCAGCGUUUGUUCCAUUACAGACACUGAUUUAUUUGGACCCCAGGAAAGCUGCCUGGUUACUAUAGUGACAGAUACAGGGAAAGCUUUUCACUUCUAAUUGGCCACUCCUUAAAAAUUAUCCAAGCUAUUUGUUGCUAACCUUUUAAGUACGCAUUAAAAAGAGUAGAAUUAUGAAAAUCAAUACAGAGUACACAAGAGUACUUAGAACGCAAAAGUUAAUCUGAGGAUCAUUUUAUUUCUAACACUUUCUUUUUUUUGCCCCACCACUAUUUUCAAAAUAAUACUCAAUUCUAAUAAAAUAAUGAAUAUGAAAAUUAUCCUACCGAUAUAUCCUGAACUGUCAAUAGUGUAACAAUUAUUCUCCCCUUACUGUUUUAGCAUUCAAGUACAAAGAAGGUUUAUGCUCUAGUGAGGCAGGAGGAACACGUGACAAAGUACAAUGUAAUUCAGUCUGUUGCCUUGUUGAUGAAAUCAAUGCUCUAAAUCAGAAUGAGCCUACAUGAGACAAUUUUAGCUAACUGUUAGCAACAGAAGUCUCAUGAUAGGUAAUACAUGUAUCUUGCAAUAAGCCUGUAUUAAAAGCAAACCCAUGUAUCUUUUUCGAAGCUGUAAUUUUCUCCUGCAGGGAGCUGAAACCUAAGCAGAACAUAUUACACUUCAUUAAAGUGCACUGUCUGAGUUCCUAAUAAGACAGUUCUAAGGCAGCUCCUCUAUCAGCCAAGCAUUCAGCACCAGCUCUGUGUCUGUAUGCUACAGGCAAGCAUUCAGUCUCACACCAGGUAUGCUGAUCACACAGCCCCUUAUUCUGAUGUGAAAGUUUCACUUUGGUUUUCCCUCCAGUACAAAAUAACUGUGGCACGGCACUAAGAGCAAUUAUAUACAACUUCUUAUUACCAUACUGGAAAAGAUGAGCUUCCUUCCCAAGGAUAGUUCUCAGUUCUUUAACACAGAUCUUCUCACAAGGAGCAUUGCUCCAGAACGAAGAGGCACUGGAUGACUCAUAAUCUGACUACUUUACUCACCACUUUUUUUUGAUGGAGCAAAGAGUCACUAAGAUGAGGCUUUUUAAAGCAACACAGUGAACUUUCCUAUAAAACCUCAUUUCAGGUUGAUGAAUUCAGAGACAGUUACUGCACACACGACGUGAGCAGUGCUCUUCCCCUCGCCUGUCACGUCCUAUGCAUUAAAGCUUCAUUCAUUUGCUAUUUUAUCAUCCAAUCAGUAGCACUAUAAAGGUCCCUUUACAAUUCUUCAAAGUUAAACUCCAUCUUUACUACUCUCAUGAUUUUUGUGAGCAAAAAAUUUUACAUCUUCACAUUUUUUCCAGACUCUUUAGGCUACACAGCACAAGCAUUUGCUUAGAUUUGCUGUACAAUUCCACUGACCAUUUAUUUCUAUCUAUCUACUCAUACCUAAUCUUCUAGCCAACCAUUUCUCCCUGAUGAGACCUUUCCUCUUUACUCUGCAACGGUCUCUUUCAAGAGUGUUGUGAGGGCACCACAAAUGCCUUCCAAGAGCCUAACGAAAUCAUGCUGUGGACCACGCAUUCUCUGCUCCAAAGCAUUCCAAACAAAUGUAUGAGACACUGUGUGCAUUUCUGCAUGCGUUAUCCACUACUUUUGAUAUUUACAGCAGCUCAUACCAGUUUGCUCAGCACUGCAGAAAGCUCCUGACAAGCAGAAAAAUCCUUAAGAACAACUGAAUACGUUGUACCAGAGUUCACCCAUUACAUCAGCUCAUACUGCAGCUCCUGAAUCAUCACACCUGUGCUUAUCUGGGAACAGAGAAACUUCUCUUGGAUGUGACAACUGACCAGAUAUUAAAUGUCACAACAUUUACAGAGACAAACCUGAGGAUGUAAAACAUUCUUCACUGGCAAAUGAAACUAAAACAAUUAUAUUCUCCAAAAAUCUUUUGAAACACAGAUGUGGACAUGGGAAACUACAACUCAGAACCAAAAGCUAUGGUUAUAUCACUGUAACAAUCAGAAAGGCUUUUCUCCCAGCUUCAUGAUUUCUUACCCUGACUUGCUGAGGCCAUUUCACCAAUACGCUGCAAUUAUCAUAUAAGCUUUAGAGCAGCUUUAUCCCUUCAUUCUUUUAUAUAUAAUGGAAAGCUAAAGAGUAAAGGAUGUCCUACAGAAGGCAAAAGCUACCAAGGACAGACAAGCAAAACCUGUAGCUGAAAAGAAAUGUGCUGCUGUUCCAAUUAGAAAUUAAAAUACAUUGCAUAGUUCUUUCCUAGGAAGUUUAAACUCAUAAUAAGAUUACAUGUGAUGAAAAAAUGAAGAAAAAAAAAUAAUGAGAGAAAACAGCUCUACAGCUCCCAGAUAAACUUACAUGAAUCAUAUCCAGCUCAAAUUCGUAAGUCUAUAGAGUUUUUGGAUUCUUAUGAUUUUAUUCUUUCCUUUUAAUCCCUGUUGGCAGCUUUAAUCAAAGCAGUUGGAUAUUGUUAUGCAUUUAGCACUAAGAGCCUCCACGUAUUUUUCUCUAUAAUCUCUUUGCUUUCCCUUUCUAAGUGUUUGUCAAACAAAACUCAUUAAACAAAGUACUCCUUUAUUCUCUGGUAGAUGGAACUAAGAGAGGGAACAAACAACAGUACAGCACUUGCUGUAGAGAAGAGAAAAAACAACACUCCAAGAAAUUUUGUUAAUGAAUGCCAAUGCAGUUUUAUAUGAGAAGGGACAGUCCCAUUCAGGUGAAACCCUAUUUUUUGAGGACAUCGACAGUGAAGAAAACAUCUCAGAUCUCACAACCAGCAGUAAGUGUUACAUGAACAGGAAUGCAUGAUAACUGUAUCUUCUAUUACACUUUCAGUGCUUAUACUUGAAUUUAUCAUACCUUUAAUUCAGUUCAUCCCAUUAAUUAUAAGGUGUGACUACCAUUUGCAGUGCUUUGGGUUUGUGUGUGCAUGCUGUAGCUGAAAUGUUAAAAAUGAAACAAUAAAAAGGCUAACUCUAGGUCCUAGUGAGAGCUUCCAGAAGAUUCUGAAUGACUUCUGAGCUAUCAGGAAAAUGUCAGUUCCUUCUGCAAAAGGAAUAUAAGCCAUCUUUCCCGUGGGCCUGAUACAAAAAGAAAGAUACGUAUUUGCCAAAGGAGCUCUUCACAGUCUGAACAAAAUGACAGAAUUUCAAAAUAGGCAAGACUUGGAAAUAAGGUUUUUAAAUAGGUUAGCUGUUAUCAUAUUCACCUGAAAUAUAAUCAUUUGAUAUAUACAUACAUUUAUGCUGGACAGAGCACAUACUUGAAAAAUCACCUGAAUUAAGUUUCAAUAUAUAAAUUCUAGCUUAUGAGUAAUCCUAUACUACAGAAUUAGAGAAUUACUUGAUAUGUAAUACCACUAAUGACAUACUGAUCAAAAGCUUGUUGUCUUACGCAUAAAAAUACGAAAUAAGUUUACAAUGCUACAGUUAUUUUGUGCACCACUCAUUUCAACUGUAUCCACUAUUAUUACAACUUCUCAAAAAUGUUCAUUGCUAAAGACCAAUUCCAAUAUUACUGUUCGUAUUCAGACAGAACGUCUGAGGAAAUGCAAGGACUGCCCUUUCUUUACCAUAGUGGUAGAAAACAAGAACUGCCUACUAUCCAGCCCCAAUCUAAAUGCAGGACAUCUUUUCUAAUCCUCAUCACAAGUUUCAAACUGUUCUUCUGUCUCUGCUAUCUCAAUUGUCCCAUUGCUGUAACAGCAACAAUCCUAUCUUCACAGGUGCUUCCUAACAACUACAUGUUCUAAUCUACUAUGUGAAAUUCGGUCUUUAAAACAAGAACAGCAUUUCUGCUUUUUAUCAAAUUUUAUGAAGUGCCACUGUGAGGCAAAUUUGCAGAUUAUUUCAGAUAGGUUUCUGAUUUAAAAAAAAUGCUGUUACACAACUAAGUAGUGCCAUAUGAGUAUUAAAAAUAGUAUUUCACUUUAUAGACAAAAGCACAUCAUAUUCAUUCCUAAGACAGAUUUGCAAAGACUGCUUGUCUAUGUUGAGGACAGAGAAUCACUUAAGUGAAAGUGAAUAAGUUAUUCUGAUAUGUUCUGAUAUGACUUAAUUGCGAAAAUAAAGCAAAACUAAGCACCAUUUCACUUAAAAAAAAAAAUUAUUAAAGAAAAGUUAUUAAAGCAAAGAAAAGAACACAAGUAUUUAAAGAACUUAAAGGGUUGCUUGGAACUGUAAGUGACAGAUAUGAUCAUCAGUGCUCUUUGCUAAAAAACUGUCAACAGGAGCGACAGCUACAGUCAUCAACAUGCUUACGGAAGAAAUGCUGAGCGUACAAUAUAUCUUUUACCACAAUAUUUUUCCACAACAAUAUUUUUCCACAAUGGCUGAUAAUCUGCAAGUUUCUAAUGUCCCACUUACAGUGUGUAGUUGUCCAGUAAGCCUGUAAUCUGAUACUACCACUGAACACCACUCUGGUAAAUCAUGUUUUGUUUGAUGGCUUGCAAUCAUGUAUGGCAGAGUAGCUCCCCCUCACAGGCAAUGCUAAAACACUGUCCAUUUGUUAUCACUGAGGACCAAGUGCCUUGCAUACAGUGGCUCAGCUGCUCUCAUCUGCUUGCAGGGUCACGUUCAGUUACUCAUUCACAUAGCUCUGAUUUUAAAUGCAAGCUUUUUUUGUUUGUUGAUUUCUUUUUCUUUCUCUCGGUACUUCUCCUCCCCCUCCUCUGUAUCCCACAGCCAGCUACAGCCUUGGCUACGAAGCUACCAACCAGUUACACGCAUUUACAAGAGAGAAGCGGGCAGACAAAAGGGGACAGCAGAUAAGCAUGGCAUCAGCUGGUCUGCAGUUCUUUGCUUUUAUGCUGGCUUUGUUUGGCGCUUUUGGAGACAUCGCAGCCACCUUGCUACCGAACUGGAAGGUAAAUGCAGAUGUUGGUUCCAACAUCAUAACAGCUAUAACACAGAUGCAAGGACUGUGGAUGGACUGCACGUGGUACAGCACCGGGAUGUUCAGCUGCACCCUGAAAUACUCCGUUCUGUCUCUCCCCAUCUACAUCCAGACUGCACGAACCACCAUGGUACUGUCUUGCAUCCUAUCAACCUUUGGGAUCUGCAUCACUACAGUUGGAAUGAAAUGCACAAAGUUGGGAGGGGACACCGACAGCAAAAGUCACACUUGUUUUGCUGGAGGAGUCUGCUUCAUUCUCGCAGGAAUUUUUGGAUUAGUACCAACAUCUUGGUACACGAGAGAAAUCAUUUCCAAUUUUCUGGACCAGACCAUUCCAGAGAGCAGUAAACACGAACCAGGAGGAGCGGUUUAUAUAGGAUUCAUUUCAGCAGGGUUUCUGCUUGUUGCAGGUGCGAUUUUCUGUACUUCCUGCUUUAAAAAGCAGCAAGGAGCAUGGAUUUAUCCUCCAAAGCAGCAGCAUCUCCCACCCACACUGCAGGAAAGCAAUACAGGUUACAACCUGAAGGACUACGUGUAAAUACCAUUGUUUUUAUCCAUUGAGGCUUUUUUUUUUUUUUAAUGCUAAGUGUACUCUGAUUAUUUUAAAGAAUGUGUAACACCUAAAUUUUCUUACAUCUGGGCUGCAAUUAUAUUUACAUAAGAUAUUUUCCUCUUAGCAAUAUCAGCAAAAAGAACAAGUUACGAAGCAAUCCCUGAGUCUGCUGCAAGAGUACUUUUUUGACUGACAUCUCAAACCAUUUUCUUUGACUUUCCAAGUAAGAGUUACUGAAGAAAAAUAAAUUAUUUCAGCAUAAGCAACAGUACAUUUAAUGUACUGAUCGCUUGUUACAGCAAAGACACUUCAAUUUAGUGAAAUCAGGCCACUGGUAACAGAAUGCUCUAUAUGGUAUUUUACCUUUUUCCCUUUAAUUAUGAUGCAAGGAAAAAAAGCAACUAUUCCCUGUCCAAGAAGCUCAAUUCAACAAUUUCUAUGUAAGGGACAUAUCUGCCUUUCAUUUUUUUGUUCUAAAUUGUCAUAGUAAUGUUUAGAUUUCCUAAACAACAACAAUAAAAAGCAAAGAAGAAAUAAAUUGCCCAAUACAAAAAAGAAAACCACCAAACUAAUAACACAAACCUGCACUCCCAACCUUAGCUGCACAGGAUUUACAUAUUAGGAAGCAAAAUCAGUGGUAUCAUUCAGAUGCUGCCAAAAUAAUCUCUCACCCCCUAAACUGCCACCUGCUGUGGGUUUCAUUUAUUACUGUUAAAGCAAUGCCAAUUGGGCACUCUUCAAUUGCUGCUAAUCUAUCACAAGUGUUAGAUUUGAGGAGCAGUACAACUGAAAUGUAACUGUGACUAUGAAAACUGUAAUGUGGGAUACAAACUGUUUAUCUAUUUACAUGAAAAAUCCAGAAGCAUUUGGCCUUCAGCUACCAUUUAUUACCUUGAAUGCUUUUGGCCUUCUAAAAGAACUUUCCAGGUGCUUUCAAUUAUUCCACUAAGGUAUGUUUCAGGCCCAGUCCCAGAUAUCUUAUUAGAGUAAAAUGUAAUAUAUAAUAAUGAUAAGAGAAUGCUAUUACACUUAAAUGUAUAUGUUAACUCUUUUAAUUUGAUUGCUUAUCUUUCAACAAACCGAUUUUGUUUGUCACUGUUCAUUGGCAGAUGUCCUGUUUAAACAUGUUACUGAACAGGAAUCAAAUUGAUGCCCAUUUGUUAGCACAGGUAAGAGGAUAUGAUGCAGACUCUUAAAUUCAGGAACGUUACAACGUUGGACAAGUCUUCAAACAAAACCAACUGCUAUUUAUUUGAUAUAUUUAUAUGCAACUUUCAGUUUUUGUUUUAUUAUCCCAAAUUUCCAAGAACAGUACAAAGAGCCCAUAAUGUUAUCUAUCUAUCUAAUGUUUGUUGGAAAAAGUAAAAUCUUCUGUUACAGCGUUUUAGAAAGUCAAAUGCUUUAUAUCCAAUUAUGUAAAGUCUUUGUUCUACUGUCUGCAUUCUCUGAAAGAAAUUUCAAACUUCAUCUUGCUCUUAUUACUAGUGUUACGUAGCCAUCUUAAGUUUCUUAUCUAUUCAUCAGGGAGCUUCUUUUAUACUAUUCCUACUACUUUUAUCAGCAGUUACUUAAUACUGCAGAGACAUAAGCAAAGAAAAUUUGGCUUUUUGCUCAUCAUUAAGACAGAAUGCUUUGCAGCACCAUCUUGUUCAUAAAACAGAAGCCCAUUAUGACUCAAUAUUCAUAGAUAUUGUUAAAAUAUUAUUCAUUCACUGAGCAAAUGAGGUAGACAACUCGUUCCCAGAAACCAUUCUUCUCCACCUUUUGUUUGGGGCCUGACAUGACACUAUGUUGUGAUCACUGGUAACGUACGUGAAUGAAAACUGACAUUCAUAAAACAGAAACCAAAGAUGUUUAUACAUAUGAAAAAAGUAAUAAUUCCAUACUCCAAGCAAAAUGAAGUAUUUUUCAAUUACAUAAGCAACACAUUUUUCUUUCUAAAACUUUACACAGAAGUACCUGAACUUCUUUGGACACCUGUGAAACAAAAGGCAGGUACACAGCUGCAUUAUUCACAACACCUGCAAGAGCUUUCUUUGAAGGCAAAGGUUCUAUCAGCAACAGUGACACCUCAAACCAUUUCAGUCCAAAAUAAAUAAACAAAACAGGAGAUGAAGCUACAACAGGAGUUAGAAGGAAACAAAGUACAGUGCAACGGGUGUCAGGUCUUCCUGAAAAGCUUGCAUUAUCUGCUCUUGCAAUGUAACUUGUAUUUGCUGUAAAUCAAAUAAAUAUAUUAAAUAAUUACAUGUUUGAGUUUAGCAGUACUGCCUUUUUGUGAGGUCCUUAUUCAACUAAGCAACAACUGAUUAUAGGAUUUGCUUACACUCAGACAGUUGUCACACCUUCAUGGAGUUAUCUUUCCCUCUCAGUCAAUUGAAGCCUAUUCAGUACAGGAAAUUGGGAAUUUCAGUUACAGGUAUCCAGUGCUGAGACACAGAUGGCACAAUAUUUUUCACUGCAGCUCUAAUAUGUUCUCAUACUACAUCCACAAAAUCCAAAUUUUAGUCUUAUUGUACAAUACUUCACGUACUUAACAUUCAGAUUAAUAUAAUAUUAUUGGAAAAAAAAAAAAAGGAGGGCUAGAAAAUCACAAAACAAAUACAAACACAUGCAAACAAAAAUGUAAAGCAAAAAAAAAAAAAGCCACAUCAAUGGCCAUUUUUCUUCACAAUAGUGAAGAUUUGUUGUCACAAAUAAUAGCGCAACACGUCUGGACAGUUACUUGUUUAAAAAAAACAGUAAAGGAAUUCUACAUUGUCAUCAGAAUAUGCACAGACAUAGGCUGUAAAAUUCAAUAUAAUAAGAGAAAGAGAAUAACCUUCUAUAAGUUCUCGAGAGAUAUGACUGAAGAAUAAAACGACCCACAGAGAGACUGUGAGAAAGGGAAAGGAUGAUUUACUUAAGAGCCAAACCAACCAUUUUAAGAGAAACUCAGAAGGAGCAAGUAAAUGUCCAAGUGCACUCACGGCAAACAGAUCCUACUUAUUGUCAUGCACACAUUUUUACAAAAAGAAAAAGAAGAAAAAAAGGUAGAUCUGUGAUCAAAAUGCAGUUUAACUUUUGCAUUCUUGAUUCCUGUUAUCCUAGUGGAUUUAUUAAAACAAAAAAAAAUAGUAGCAGGAAAUAAGAGGAUAGUAAAGACACUUUUCUCCUCUAAAGAGCAGACAAAAUAGAGAAAACAUGGUUACUUUUUUAAACAGGGAGUGGGAUGUAGGUGACUAAGUAGUAUAGCAAACAUGAGGGAGUUCAAAAUGCUGAAGAUGAGUAAGGAGAAAUACACAGACCACAGACAUGGUAAAAACAGUUACCAGUGGCAUUUGAAAAGCUUUUAUUAAUAAGGGUGUUUCAGAAGACUCAACAAAUUUUCCAGGCAGUUUUAAACUGUCUAUAACUGCAAUUGUAAAAUAAUUAGCUUUUCAAAGAUGCUGCAAUUCUAGCAAACUAUCCUGCCACGAAAUUUAAAAUUCCACAAACACCCAAAGAAUUACAGUGAUCAUGCAAAUAGACUUGAACAUCAAAGCACAAGUUCUCAGUAACCAAAAAGAAAAGAAUGCUCUUCAGCCAUGGAUAUUUCACUUUCACGCAUACCACAAACAGUCUACUUAGUAGUGUGGAGAUGCUGAAUUGAGGACCCAACUGCUUUCCUGCCUGAAAAUCAGAUGGAGUGCCUAACUGAAAAGUUAACAAUAAAGUCAGAAGAACAUAA